UUCCACUGCUAUGCGAGGUCUGGAUAUUUAUGGUCUAAGAUUGAGAGUAAUGCCGCAACUGUCACGGGAGACGCGCGGAACAGAUCGCGCAUUUGCACAGGGAAGCCGCGAAGUGAGUCGCGCGUGUACUCUAGAGCGCGCGGUGUCGUGCACGAUGGCUGACGAAACUCGAACGAGGUUGCUCGAACUGGUCAAGGAGCAAGGCGAAGUCGUGCGCAAAUUAAAAGCCACCAAAGCCGAAAGUGGAAAGGGAUCUAACAAGUCGGUGGACUUAAGGUCCGAAUUAGAAGCCCUAAACGAAGCUCUCGGCGAUGUCAGUUUCGUAUGCGGGUGGAUCGUUUCGUCACAGGAUGUUCGACUAUUCGAUUUAUGUUCCACCCACCUAAAUGGGGAACUCGUGCGUUGGCCAAAUUUGAAAAGAUGGUUCGAUAAUAUUGGAAGCUACUCCCAGGAGGAGCGGCUCGCGUUUCCUACUCCGAAAAAUCCUACGUCUCCUCUGGCGAGAAAAGUUGAACGUAUAACUAACUUCGGUUCUUCCGAAACAAAUUGUUUAGAUAAAAAGAUAGCGGAAGAGGUGGCUAAAUUGUUGGACCUGAAGGCGCAACUAGGAGACGAAAAUGCUGGACCUCAGAAGUUGAUAUUAAAAACACCAAAGGGUACUCGAGACUAUAAUCCUGAGCAAAUGGCUCUACGUUUAGGAGUCCUAGACAAAAUAGUUACCGUAUUUAAGCGUCAUGGUGCCGAAACGAUAGAUACCCCCAUAUUUGAAUUGAAGGAAGUACUAACGGGGAAAUACGGUGAAGAUUCAAAAUUAAUCUAUGACCUGAAAGAUCAGGGUGGUGAAAUUCUAGCUCUCAGAUAUGACUUGACAGUUCCUUUUGCAAGGUAUUUGGCCAUGAAUAAGAUUACCAACAUAAAACGGUAUCACAUAGCAAAGGUUUACCGAAGGGACAAUCCUGCAAUGACCAAAGGCAGAUACCGAGAAUUUUAUCAGUGUGAUUUCGACAUAGCUGGUCAAUACGAUUUAAUGAUACCGGAUGCAGAAUGCUUACGCAUAGUUUCAGAGGCUCUAAACUCCUUGGACCUGGGUCCAUAUUUAAUUAAGAUGAAUCAUCGGUGUCUACUGGAUGGCAUUUUUGCAGCCUGUGGAGUACCCCAUGAUAAGUUUCGCACGAUAUGUUCUUCGGUAGACAAAUUGGACAAGAGCCCUUGGGAAGAAGUACGAAAGGAAAUGGUGGAGGAGAAACAGCUCGAUGCGACAGUUGCUGACCGAAUUGGGACUUACGUGUCGAAACAAGGCUCCGUGGAACUAGUAAGCGAACUUAGAAAAGAUGACAUUUUAAUGAAGCAGAAGAGUGCAAUACAAGGCCUCGAAGCUAUGGAACUGUUGUUCAAAUACUGUGACCUUUAUAAAGUGACCAAUAAAGUGAUUUUCGAUUUGAGUCUCGCAAGAGGACUCGAUUACUAUACGGGCGUUAUUUAUGAAGCAGUAUUAACAGGCGAUGACGUAGGAGUCGGUAGCGUGGCAGGCGGAGGUCGUUACGAUAACCUAGUCGGCAUGUUUGAUCCUAAAAAGAAAACCGUACCUUGCGUCGGAGUGUCUAUAGGAGUGGAACGCAUCUUUAGCGUUUUAGAAUCGAAGCUGGAGAACAAGGGAUUAAAAACUCGUACCGCGGAAGUACAGGUAUUCAUCGCCAGUGCCCAGAAGAACUUGCACGAAGAACGAAUGCGCAUCUUGGUCGACCUCUGGGAGGGUGGGCUUAAGGCGGAGCAAUCCUUUAAAAAAAAUCCAAAAAUAUUAGGACAGUUGCAGCACUGCGAAGACAACGGUAUCCCACUCGCCGUGAUCAUCGGAGAAAGCGAAUUAGCGAGAGGAGAAGUCACUCUGAGAGAAGUUAAGAGUCGAGUGGAAAAAGCGGUCCCGCGUGCCAGAUUAAUCGAAGAGAUACAAAAUUGGCUCCAGAAUAAUUCACCGUCGAACUCUUAAAGCAUAACAACCCCUCAAAAGAUCUGCAUUUUCAGCGAUUAAACGACGUACACCGGUACACCACGAAAACGUACAAUGGUUACCUUCCACCCCGUGACUGAUUACCUACAGGGAUUGUCUCGCUAUCCCCACCACAGUCGUCGAAGUUCAGCGCUCACUUCGUGCUUCAUGAGAAGUACUUGUCCGCUAAAGGCUAGAUGCUGCUUCGGUGCAGCGUCGAACGUUUGACGACAUCUCAACGACCAGGUCGAGCCUCGCAACCCUAAACAAAUCACCGUUAGUAGCUAGAGAAAGCCAAGUACUCUUAAUUUAUUGCACCAUGUUAUCAAAUAAAACGUUGCAUUAAA